AUGGCGCUCCGAAAAUUGGCCGCCGCGGCCGUUGCCGGAUUAAAGCCCCGUUCAAGCUCACCUCUCACAGCCAUGAGCCGGAUCUUACAUCGCGAUCCUUCUUCCGGAGUCCGUCGUUUCGGCACUCCAGCGCUCGGCCACAAACUGGAGCAAAACAACAUCAACAUCAACAACAGCUCCGCCGCUGCCGUCGCCGCCGCCGCUGACGAUAAUCUCAUUCUAUUGGUGGACCCGAUUAAAAACAAAAAACACCACAACAUAUCCAUACUCUCAAUGGAAAACAACUUGCUCAAAUCAGUUGUACCCAAUCGCCUCAAUUUCUCUCGUCUGAAUAGCCGCGGCACACGCAAUGAAUUCCUUGCCUUCUGCGACAAGUGGUUGGUAUUUGCCUCCGGCGGCCGACGUUCCAAAACUCCGACCGACCUCAUGUGGGACCUCACCACCGACGAGAUCAGACACAUUCCCCAAUUCCCGAUGAAGCCGCGGCUGCCCUCAUCUGCUGACUCUCCCUAUACCCUUUGGGGCGUUGGGUUCGACUCUGGCUCCGGUGACUAUAAGGUGGUCCGGGCUUCAAAUGAAAAACGGGCCGAGCUCCUAUCGCUCAACACUGGCUUGUGGAGGGAAAUCCGGUUCCCUCACAGUCCGGACAAAAUCGUUGUUGAUAACGUGCGUUCGGUUCACAUUAACGGCGUUUAUUACUGGACGGCCCAUUUAAAGGACGAUGAACGCGACGCUAUUCUUCGGUUCGAUUUCGGCCGUCAAGAGUUUCCGGCGGAUCUCAUUCACAUGCCGAAAGUCGUGACCAAUUGGGCCGGGCCCAUUAAGCCCGUUCUUGUGAACUAUCACGGGUCGCUUGCUGUUAUCUUACAAAAAGAUUGUCUUGCUUGGAAGGAUAUCGGGCCUAUCGAUGAUGAAAAGGAGAAUAAUCAUAAUAAUCCUCUGUGGUUCGAGAUUUGGGCGUGGAGCCACGCGGACCGUAGUUGGUCUCGUGUGUCCACGAAUCGUGUCCCGGUGAAUGCUGAUGUCACCGAGGUUGUGGGCCUAUGCAAAAAUAGUGACAAAGUGAUUCUUCUCGACUCAGUCGAGGGUUCGAUUCUGCUUUACGAUUGUGGGACGACCGAGUUGGAGAGUUUUCGCGCAAUGGAAGGAUGCGGAGAGUCUCGACGAGUUAGCUCGCAGCCUGGGUCGAAAAUGAAAGAUUUUUUGGCGGGAGGUGUGCCGAUAGUGGCCUCGAUUGUGAAAAUGGAAUUCGACCUCGUGGUUCUUUGGCAGAUUGUGUUCGGGAAAUAG